AGGGAUAUAAAAUAUUUUUUAAUCCUAAAAGAUGUUUGAUUUUUCUUACAUGAAAACUACACUUCAGUGCGUUUACAAACGGAAGCCAGAUUUCUCCCUUCACUUUUUACCCGAGCACGAAGCAGGAGUGCAAGUAUUGUUGGGCAAAGUGAAUGGGGUUUCUGUACAAUCUCCCGUGACCAAUGAGCGGGGUGCUGUCAGGGGUAACCACAUCUGUCAACCGUUCUUGGCCAAUAAAGAGCGGAGCGAGGCGGACCACAGGUGCGCGCCUCUGCGUCCCCUUGGCACAGCGCCCGGGAGAUGCUGGAGAGAGACGCCGAGCUGCCCCGUGGCGCAAAAGAGUUACUGUCAAAGACACUCUCUUUUUAACUCCAGCUUCCACUCUGGCUCCGAUACUUAUGGCGACUGCAACGUCCAACCACUACAGCGUCCUCACUACCCCCAGCAGCGCGCCGCCGCCGCACUCAGAGUCCGGGAGCAUGCAGCAGGCGGCAGCGUACAGGGACGCGCACACUCUGCUCCAGAACGACUACAGCACGUUACCGGGCAGUGGACACCCGCUCAGCCAUGCGCACCAGUGGAUAACGGCGCUGUCUCACAGUGACAGCGGGGCUCCCUGGCCACACAGUCCCCUCGGAGACCAGGACGUGAAGCCGGUGCUGCACGACAGUGACCGAGAGGAGCUGCAGAACUCCAGCAGUCUGCAGCAACAGCAGCAGCAACAGCAACAACAGCAACAGCAGCAACAGCGACACCCUCACCUCGCACACCAGCAGGCGCAUCACGACGCCAGAGCAUGGAGAACCAGCACCGCCAGCACGCACAUCCCCGGUAUGGCGUCAUCUGAGAGCCAGAGCCUGGUCUAUUCCCAAUCCGGCUUCGGUCUGAUGCCGGGGGCAGAGCAAGCGGGGAUGCACCACCACCCCCUGCGGGACGAGGAGCAUCACAGCCACAGUCCACAUCUAAGUGAUCACGGCGGCGGCCCCGGGGCCCACCAGCAGUCUCUUUCACACCAUCACCAGCACGGGGGCCACCAGGACCAGUCAGACGAGGACACACCGACCUCCGACGAGUUGGAGCAGUUUGCCAAGCAAUUCAAACAGCGGCGCAUCAAGCUGGGCUUCACCCAGGCGGACGUGGGUCUGGCUCUGGGCACGCUGUACGGGAACGUCUUUUCUCAGACCACCAUUUGCAGGUUCGAGGCGCUUCAGCUCAGCUUCAAGAACAUGUGCAAACUCAAGCCCUUGUUGAACAAGUGGCUGGAGGAGGCGGACUCCACCUCGGGGAGCCCGACCAGCCUGGACAAAAUCGCGGCACAGGGGAGGAAAAGGAAAAAGAGGACCUCCAUCGAGGUGGGCGUCAAAGGGGCUCUGGAGAGCCAUUUUCUCAAAUGUCCAAAACCGGGAGCCGCGGAGAUCAACUCCUUGGCGGACAGUCUGCAGCUGGAGAAGGAGGUGGUGAGGGUUUGGUUUUGCAACCGGCGGCAGAAGGAGAAGAGGAUGACUCCCGCUGGAGGACAGAUGCCAGGAGGAGAGGACAUGUACGGGGACACCCCACCUCACCACGGAGGACAAACUCCUGUGCAGUGACCUCAGUUUUUUGUUGUUGUCUGAGCCAAAACAUGGACCGUCUAAGGAAGGGAUAAUUCCCUUAUUAUUUCUUUUAUUCUUCGUGCCGGACCCUUUGGAACUGGACCUCAGCCAGUUUGAACGGUG